GCCCAGCCAACAUUAGCAUCAGCAUCUCUCGCUCCAGCUGCUGCUUCUGCUGCCGCCGCCGCCACCACCACCCUGCCUCCCUCCCCCUCCUUCCCAGGGACCUGCAUCCCGCUCGUCCAAUCAGGGCCGGCUCUGCCUGCGCCACGUGACCCCGGCGGGCUGAGAGGACCUGCUGCUUUCCCAACGCCAGAGGGAUGCGGGCGGCAGAGCAGGAGAGGAGGCAGCGGCGGCGGCUUGGCUGCGAAGCGCCUUGACGCUCUUUUCUCCAGCUCAGCCCAGCCCGACCCCUUAUGGCAGCGGCUGCUCCAGCCUCCUGGCUCUCCUCCUCUUCCUCCUCCUCCUUGGCCGCCCUUGCUCCUGCCACUCCCUGGGCUGGGCUAGGCCCCCGGAUAUCUCUGGCGAAACUCUCAGGAUCUUCACCAUGCUAGGACUUGGGUGCUUCUUCUUCCUAGCUUCCUGUUGGCUGGGGCCCCCGGGAUGCUAAGUCGCCCCCGACGCCUCUUGCUGCCCGCCUGUCCGAGACCGACCUGCUUUGGGGAGCUUCCCUCUCACGGCCGCUCUAGAGUUGACUCCAGAAGUCAUGGUGUUGUGGGAAUCUUCCGCAGCUCGCCAGUGCAGCAGCUGGACACUUUGCGAUUGCUUUUGCUGGUUGCUUCUGCCGGUGACACUGCUCAUCGUCGCCCGGCCGGACAAACUUGCAGCCUUCCCUACCUCCUUAAGUGACUGCCAAACGCCGACCGGCUGGAAUUGCUCCGGUUAUGAUGACAGAGAAAAUGAUCUCUUUCUCUGUGACACCAAUACUUGCAAAUUUGACGGGGAGUGCUUAAGGAUUGGUGAUACCGUGACUUGCGUCUGUCAGUUCAAGUGUAACAGCGACUAUGUGCCUGUGUGUGGUUCCAAUGGCGAUACCUAUCAGAAUGAAUGCUAUCUGAGACAAGCUGCCUGCAAGCAGCAAAGUGAAAUACUUGUGGCGUCAGAAGGAUCGUGUGCCACCGAUGCAGGCUCUGGAUCAGGUGAUGGAGGGAGUGAAGGUUCGGGAGAAACCAUUCAAAAGGAAACAUCCACCUGUGACAUUUGUCAGUUUGGGGCAGAGUGCGAUGAAGAUGCAGAGGAUGUUUGGUGUGUGUGCAACAUUGACUGUUCACAAACCAACUUCAACCCUCUCUGUGCUUCCGAUGGAAGAUCUUAUGAUAAUGCAUGUCAGAUCAAAGAGGCAUCAUGUCAGAAACAGGAGAAAAUUGAAGUCAUGUCUUUGGGCCGAUGUCAAGAUAACACAACUGCCACUACAAAAUCAGAAGAUGGACAUUACGCAAGAACAGAUUAUGCAGAAAAUGCAAACAAGCUGGAAGAAAGUGCCAGGGGAAUCUACAUUCCGUGUCCAGAACACUAUAACGGUUUCUGCGUGCAUGGAAAAUGUGAGCAUUCUGCUAAUAUGCUGGAGCCAUCUUGCAGAUGUGACGCAGGCUACACUGGACAACACUGUGAAAAGAAAGACUACAGCGUUUUGUAUGUGGUUCCAGGCCCAGUUCGAUUUCAGUAUGUCUUAAUAGCAGCAGUGAUUGGAACAAUCCAGAUUGCAAUCAUCUGUGUUGUCGUACUCUGCAUUACAAGGAAAUGUCCCAGGAGCAACAGAAUUCACAGGCAAAAGCAAAACACAGGGCACUACAGUUCAGACAACACAACAAGAGCAUCGACCAGGUUAAUUUAAAAAAGAGCGCAUGUUUCCACAAUGGCAAAAGUAAACUGCAGAGAGCUUGGACUUACAAAAUACAGUAUUAUAGACAAAAGUUCUACACAUGUUGCCUUGCAUUUGUGGUAAUCGACACCAAUGAAAACAGAACGAAACAUGUACUACAGCUAUAUUUGAUUAUGUAUGGAUAUAUUUGAAAUAGUAUACAUUGUCUUGAUGUUUUUUCUGUAAUGUAAAUAAACUAUUUAUAUCACACAAUAUAGUUUUUUCUUUUUCAUGUAUUUGUUAUAUAUAAUAAAUACUCAGUGAUGAGAACAAAAAAAC